AUGAGAGCUGGAAUCCUCAGCAGCUUGAUAUGCCUAGUCAGCCUGUCAACGGCGAAGGCAAACAACCUCAUUCCGAAAAGCUUCCAUCGUCAUCAGCAGCAGUCUGGACCCGAACGCCGAGAUGUGACGCAGAGAUUGAGCUACCUAUGGAGCGGAGGCGAGGUCUACGGAUCCCGCAUGGCGUCUGUCUCCGCUGAAAUGAUCAUUCCGAAUAUCACUUUCCCGCAUGGAUACAAUGCUUCCGCAACGUACAGCUCCUCAGUUUGGGUCGGCAUCGGUGGAGACCAAAAUAUGUGUGACAAUCCAGAGCGAGUCAACAAUGGAGGACUUAUUCAGGGAGGCUUCUACUACAUGUACGACCCGCAGGGCGAUCACGGUGUUUUUGCUUUCUACGAAUGGUUUCCACUGGAUCCGGUAUUCUUGGAUGACACCCAUGGCAUUCUAACAGACAUUGGCGAUCACGUGCGUAUGUCUGUGUCGCAGAAAAACAACAUAACUGGCACCUAUACUUGGGAGAACUUCACCAAGAACAAAAAGUUUUCAAUUGAUCUGAAGGCUCCAGUCAACGGAACGCUCUGCACGAAUCACGCAGAAUGGAUUGUGGAAAGCUUUUUAACGCAAAGCGAUCCUUUUCUGUUCCCCGAUUUUGGUCAGCUCACCUUCACAAAAGCCAAGGCAAUCACAGAAAAAAACGAGGUGGCACCGCUAUCAAAUGGCAAACUCAUAACAGCUCAGCCUGUCCUGCACGGACACAACCUGACGAAAUGCAACUUCAUACAGCCAGACGGCGUAACUUGCAAGUGGAAUGGAUUUGAAACCCGAACAUAA